ACCAAGCACAAGACAACUUAUAACCUUGUAGUGAAGGAUAUUUUUCAAGUGAAAAAUCGAAUACACGAACAAAAUUUUGACGUAAUAUUAUACGUAGUUAGUGGAAAUACAAUUUUGGCGCCAAAAAGAAAUAAACUUUUAAAAAGCGCAAUUAUUAAAAAAAACUUUUUUGAGAAAUUUAAAAAAAAAUUGAAAUUUGAAAACAUUGAUUAAAAAAAUAAAAAACGUUUUCUUGCUAAAUAACAAAAAAGUGUUAAAAAAUGGCUAUAGCUUAUUUUAUACCAGAUCAAGCCAAAUUAUUGGCGGGCCAACGUCAAUCGAGAGCAACUACUAAUUCCAGUUCCUCCAGAAGCUCUAGCAGCCCACAAACAACUUCCUCUAGAUUAACGCAUAACAGCAACAACAAUACUCCAGCCAGUGAAACGGCCCCUGUUAAUUCUAAUGUUAAUAGAGGUUAUGGAACCACCAUUAAUAUAACAGUGCCUACUUUUAACAACACCCCUCAGGAACCUUUGGGAUGUUGGGAUUUUCUAACACAAGUUUUUUGUCAUGCCUUGAGAUUUUACCAUGAAUCAUCGCAACUACAGCCGACGGUCAUACAAAUAUCGGUGAAUUUCAAUUCACAAACAGCAACAACGACCAGUUCAGCAACAACCACAGCAGACUCUACGGCAACCACAACAGCGACGGCCACAACACCAGCAACUACAGCAACUGAGGACUCUAAGCAAAGGAAAUUUUCAAAACGAAAAAAUUAAUUUUUAAAAUUUAACAAAAUUUCUUAAAAUAACUCUUAAACAACGAUGUUUUUUUUUUAAUUUUAAAAAAGUUACUUAUAUUUCUCUAAAAGCAAACAAGGAAUUGUAGCCAGGAUGUAAGGACUUGUUUUAUUUUUAUUAUUAUUAUUUUUUUUUUUUGUAAUUUGUAGCUUUUAGCGGCUCAAUCAAAGCAAAUUGUGAUUCCAAAAAAGUAAAUAGCCUAGUAAUAAAAAACUUAAAAUAUAAAAUUUAAUUAUUUUUGUAAAUCUUUUUAAGAUUUUUUAUAAAUAAUUUUCCUUAUUAAAAGAAAAAAAAAACAAACAAAA